AUGGGUCUCAACCUAGGUUCUCGGGCGAUGAUCGCGGCCAUCCGGGCAGCGCAGCCAGAAACAGGCUUGAAGAAGCUGACGACCCAGGUCAACAAGCUUCUGCCACCGAAGAUGGAAGUCCAGAAGCACGAGCUGCGCGACUUUAUUCGAUCCCUUGAUGAGCCCACCGACCAGCACGUCGCCGUCAUCAAGCCUCGCGACGAAUCCUUCAUGAAAAGCGUCGCCGAACAAGCAUUCACCACUCUUCGCGAGGCCGAGCGCGAGUUCCUACUCAACCUGGACCACGAUUCUAUUACCAAAAUGCACAACUCGAGUGGCUCGCCCAAGUGCCACCCCGUUGCCCAUCUGCGGUAUCACUUGCAGGUGCUCCUCGCCCUUAAAGGAAUUGUGCCAUGUGUCCCCUUUGUGAGCCCCAAAGAGACCGGCACCGUUGUGAUGAACGCGAUGGUCCUCCGCUGCCUCGUGCCUCUCAUGGAGCAGCUAGACUUGGAAUCAUAUGGUUUCAGACUGAUCUACAUCGCCACAGACGUCCUGACCUCUACCAUCCGGUUCAGGGGCUUCAAGGGCUCCUGGGUCCUCGCAGACACCCAGUCGGCAGAGUGGGACCUCGUACGAGAGAUCUUCGCGCCUCCGCUGCUUCCCGACCCGGCCCGCCGCGUCCCCGAGAAAAUAAUGUGCGUGGCGCUCGGGUUCCCCGUGUACACCGACAACAUCACCAACGAGGUGGUGAUCAGGGACAUGACGGAGCACGCGCUGCUGCAGGACAGCUUCGACCAGGACACGUGCCGGGUGGGCGUGAUGAAGGUCUUCUGCGACGACGGCAGCGUGGAGGAGUGGAAGGCCAUCAAGAGCCACUAUGUUGUGUACCGGGACAUUGCGCUGCAGCUGGGCACCGUGUUGCGACUCGACUUGGGCGAUCACCCUGAGAUGGAGCAGUGGUGUGGCGUUGAGGGCGAGGACUAG